GCGGUCCGCAGUCGGCGCCGAGGCGCGGAGCGGUGCGGGUGACUUCGGGGGCUCAGCCGCGGCCGCUGCCGGCGCCGCGUCGCUGCCUUCUCUCCCCUAUGGAAGAGAUGGAAGAGGAGCUGAAAUGCCCGGUGUGCGGCUCCUUCUACCGGGAGCCCAUCAUCCUGCCCUGCUCGCACAACCUGUGCCAGGCGUGCGCCCGCAACAUCCUGGUGCAGACCCCGGAGUCGGAGUCGCCGCAGAGCCGCCGCGCCUCGGGCUCGGCCGUCUCCGACUAUGACUACCUGGACCUGGAUAAGAUGAGCCUGUACAGCGAGGCGGACAGCGGCUACGGCUCCUACGGGGGCUUCGCCAGCGCUCCCACCACCCCCUGCCAGAAGUCACCCAACGGCGUCCGCGUCUUCCCGCCGGCCGCCCCGCCGCCUCCCGCCACCCUGGCGCCGCCGCCGCCGCCCCGCAACGCCUGCCUCACCUGCCCGCAGUGCCACCGCAGCCUGGUGCUGGACGAGCGCGGGCUGCGGGGUUUCCCCCGCAACCGGUUGCUGGAGGGUGUCAUCGAUCGCUACCAGCAAGGCAGGGCGGCGGCCCUGCGCUGCCAGCUCUGCGAGAAGGCGCCCAAGGAGGCGGCCGUCAUGUGCGAGCAGUGCGACGUCUUUUACUGCGAUCCCUGCCGCCUGCGGUGUCACCCGCCGCGGGGCCCGCUGGCCAAGCACCGCCUGGUCCCGCCGGCCCAGGGCCGCGUCAGCCGCCGCCUCAGCCCCCGCAAGAUCUCCACCUGCACCGACCAUGAGCUGGAGAACCACAGCAUGUACUGCGUGCAGUGCAAGAGCCCCGUCUGCUACCAGUGCCUGGAGGAGGGCAAGCACUCCAGCCACGAAGUCAAGGCCCUGGGUGCCAUGUGGAAGCUCCACAAGAGCCAGCUUUCCCAGGCCCUGAACGGGUUGUCAGACAGAGCCAAGGAAGCGAAAGAGUUCCUGGUCCAGCUCCGCAACAUGGUGCAGCAAAUCCAGGAGAACAGCGUGGAGUUUGAAGCCUGCCUGGUGGCCCAGUGUGACGCCCUCAUCGAUGCCCUCAACAGAAGGAAAGCCCAGUUGCUGUCCCGGGUCAAUAAGGAGCACGAGCACAAGCUGAAGGUGGUGCGAGACCAGAUUUCUCACUGCACGGUCAAGCUGCGCCAGACCACGGGCCUGAUGGAGUAUUGCCUGGAGGUGAUCAAGGAGAAUGACCCCAGCGGCUUUCUGCAGAUCUCGGACGCUCUCAUCAGGAGAGUGCACCUGACUGAGGACCAGUGGGGAAAGGGGACGCUCACACCUCGGAUGACCACGGACUUCGACCUGAACCUUGACAACGCUCCUCUGCUACAGUCCAUCCACCAGCUCGACUUCGUGCAGAUGAAAGUUUCCUCCCCAGUGCCGGCUCCCCCGAUCCUGCAGCUGGAGGAGUGUUGCACCCACAACAACAGUGCCACCUUGUCCUGGAAGCAGCCGCCCUUGUCCACGGUGCAGGUGGAAGGCUACAUCCUGGAGCUUGAUGACGGCAACGGCGGACAGUUCAGGGAGGUGUACGUGGGCAAGGAGACCAUGUGCACGGUGGACGGGCUUCAUUUCAACAGCACGUACAGCGCCCGUGUCAAAGCCUUCAACAAAUCGGGGGUCAGCCCAUACAGCAAGACCCUGGUCCUCCAGACAUCUGAGGACACGCAGUCAGAAGAACAGACCCUCCCUUUUCCAGUGCCUUUGGAGAGAUCGCAGCUUCGUAGAAUGAGUCCUUUCUCCUCCACCCUUAAUCUACAACCCAGCUUUGCGGGGAGAUCCUACUUUGAGCUAAGAUCUUCGGCCCACCAGCUGAGCUUGCAUUCUUCUUUACAGUCCCUGAAUUCAGCCGGAUGCAAUUUUGACACACAAGGAACGCCUUACUCUCAAUUGGUUGACAUUAAAAAAAUGGUGGCAGUUGCUUGGUUUUCUUUCGAUCCGUCCUCUGCCCACGCUGACAUCAUCUUUUCUAAUGACAACCUGACUGUCACCUGCAACAGCUAUGAUGACAGGGUGGUGCUGGGGAAAACGGGCUUUUCCAAAGGGCUCCAUUACUGGGAGCUGUCGAUCGAUCGUUACGAUAACCACCCUGACCCGGCCUUUGGCGUGGCACGCAUCGACGUCCUCAAGGAUGCCAUGCUGGGCAAGGACGACAAGGCCUGGGCCAUGUACGUGGACAAUAACCGGAGCUGGUUCAUGCACAACAAUUCGCACACCAACAGAACCGAGGGUGGGAUAACGAAAGGUGCCACGGUGGGAGUGCUGCUGGAUCUGACCAGGAGGACCUUGACGUUCUCCAUCAACGAGGACCAGCAAGGGCCUGUUGCCUUCGAGAACCUGGAGGGCCUCUUCUUCCCCGCAGUCAGCCUCAACAGGAACGUCCAGGUGACACUACACACCGGCCUGCCGGUCCCUGAAUUCUACGCUUCACGCUCGGCCAUGCCCUGAGGACACUCCUGGAGCCGGCUGGCUCUUCUCAGGAUGAGAGGAGCGAGCCCGUUCCCUCCUGCAGGAUGAAGCUGAACUCCGAGCCACCAGGUCCCUGCUCGGCCACCAUGUCCCUGCUCAGCCACAGGGUCCCUUCUUGGCCACCACGUCCCUGCUUGGCCACCAGGUCCCUGCUCAGCCACAGGGUCCCUUCUUGGCCACCACGUCCCUGCUCGGCCACCGGUCCCUGCUCAGCCACAGGGUCCCUGCUUGGCCACCAGGUCCCCACUCGGCUACCAGCCGGAGACAGGGAGGCAAAGUGGGAAGGAAGAACCCGGCUUUUGGCCGUCUCCGAUCGCCGCCCUCCCGCGCUGUCCUGUGUGUGUGCGCUUCGCUGUUUAGCUCUUUUUGGCUGAUGAAGUACCUAGGUAGCCUGAGGUGUUCCUUGUGUCCGCUUUUAGGUUUGGUUUUAUUGAUUUGAGUUGGGGUUCCGGCGGGGGAGGGAGCAGUUUCAUCUCAUUUGGCAGAGCGCUUUCCCCUCUCCUGGGGCUGGCCAGAGGGACCCCUGCCCCGGGAGAGCUGCCCCCCACACCAGCCCCAUUUAUUUUGCAGGACAUUCCUUCCCCCCGUGGCCUUUCUUGCAGAGCACCCUCGGUCCUGUCUAGAGGUGGGUCCUGGAUUACCAGUCAGUCCCCGUGUCCUUACCAAAACGCCCAGCCCUGUCUCUUGUCCCCCUAGAGAUGUUUCUGUGGGGCAGGGGGUGCCAGCAGACCCUCGGUCCGGCACCGAGCACCCCUUCAGUGCUCUCCCCACAGCCCCGCACGGGUGCCACAGCCAUACGCCGGAGAGCCCUCACCGGGCUCUUUGGAGAUUAUCAUUUAUUUUUUUAUAGUUGCCGUAUAAAGCCUAGCCUUAAAUACUACCUGAUAGUGUCCUUCCGUUCACAGGAGAAUUCAUUCUGCAGCGAGGGUCUGACAGGGAGCCCGGCGUCGGGGAUGGGGAUGCGGACAGGGAUGUGGAUGGGGAUGAGGAUGAGGAUGGGGAUGGGGAGGAAGGAGAGCUGGCCACAGCCCUGCCACACACUCAGGAAUCCGUGCCCGCUGCCCUGCGCCUCCGCUCCCUUGCCCAACUUUCUGGUAAUUCAGGAGAGGAUCAGGAGCCCGUGGGCGCCGUGCCUGGUGCCGGCCCCCGUUCCCGUGCCGAGGGCGCCCGCAUGCGCAUGUCCCCACGCUUGGCUUUUCGGUCCCUUGCUCUCCCCCGGGGCCGGGGGGGAGCUCCGGGAGCACCGGUCCAGCAGAAAGACCAGUGUACAUAGACCAUUCCCUUCCAGCGUGCCCUCCUCUAGGCCGGUCUCAUGCGUUCCCUUGUCGCUCUAGUAUUAAGUUUACCUAAUUUAUUGGAUGGGUGCUAUCUCGUUGACUCACACCGAGGAGCUUCUCUGAGCUGCAGGAGAGCCGCGUUGCGGGACAACGCCGAGCAGCUCUUUGGUGAUUCCCAAGGAGCCCCCGUGGCCGGCUCACCCGGGGCUCCUCUCCCCACCCUUCUCCCCCGUUCUUUAGGAUGUUCAUGGUGCUUAUUAGACUCCCAGUGAUUGUAAGACGUCGUUCCCCCUGUACCGCGAUGAUCGCUGCAUACAGCCGCUGUACUGAAGAGAAGUGUCAUGUUUGCUGUUCUAAUAAAGGACUUUUACGAGAGAA